GACUCCGUAACGUUUGAAUAUUUACGAUCAUUUUAGUUUGCUCACCUUGAUUCGGGUGCUAUUGAGUAUUGCAUGAGUAGAGGAUUCUCAUACGAAUGCACCCCUAAAGGGGAGUUGGGUAUACUAAACCAUGGAGGAACUCGAGCAGUUGGAGCGACUAGCUGUUGUGUCCAAAAUCUGUACUGAGCUGGACAAUCACUUGGGUAUGAAUGAUAAAACCUUGGCGGAGUUCAUUGUUAUGCUUGCUGAGAAAUCUGGCACAGAAGAGAAAUUCAAGUCUGCACUACAGGAUAAUGGAGCUGAGUUUCCAGAUUUCUUAGUGCACAGCCUAAUGCGCCUUGUGCAGUCUAUGCUCCCGGGCAGUUUUAAUAAGAAAGUCAGUGAAUGGGAUGAUCCUCCAGAGGAAGAAACAGAAUUGGACAAGAAGAAGAAAAAGUUUCCCGGCCUUGCAAUCCCUGACGAUGAUAAUAAAGCAAAGGCUCUCUUAACAGAUGAUUUGACCGUCGUUGAUGACGCAAUGGCAUUCUUAGAAGCGCAGCUUGCCGAAGGAGUGCCGGACAUGCCAGAGCCCGAGGCGGCCAGUCCACCACCGGAGAAGGACGGCCGUCAUCGACACGGCAGGUCUAGAAGUCGUGAUCGGGAACGCCGUCAUCGCCGCUCUAGAUCACGCAGUCGUGAGCGACGCCGCAGCUACGACAGACACGGUCACCGCCACCGGUCAUCAAGCCGGGAUCGGGAUCGACAUCAUCGGCGACAUCGCUCGCGUAGUCGCAGUCCCGAUCGCCGUGGUAGUGCUGGUGGUGGUGGUGGUGGUGGCAGGCGAAGUCGUUGGGAUUCGGAUCACGGUGGUAGCCACCGGCACCGUUCAAGAAGCCCGCAGCAGCACGGCCGAGGCGGUGGAACCAGUCACGUUCGUGCCGCACCGGCCGCUGCCGCAGAGCUGUUCCAUAUAUACGAUGGUAAAGUGGCAAACAUCAUGCAGUUUGGCUGCUUUGUGCAGCUGGAAGGCUUAGCCAAUCGUGUGGAAGGGCUCGUACAUAUUUCAGAGAUUCGCAAGGAGGGCCGAGUAAUGGACGUCAACGGUGUUGUCCAGCGCGGUCAACGUGUCAAAGUCAAGGUGCUGUCCAUGAUUGGCCAGAAAGUAUCGCUCUCUAUGAAGGAUGUUGACCAAGAGACUGGUGAGGACCUGAACCCCGGCCGUGCCGAGAUCCGGCGUCAGCUAGGCGGUGCUGGUGGUGGCGGUGAAGUGGAAGGUGCCAGCAGUAGCAAUCCAGCAGCCGCCGGUGGAACAGCAGUGGCGGCUGGUGGUCGUAUUGGCGGUACGGUGCCAGUCGUGGAGCAGCAGCGCUCGGGGAAAGGUGGUGUCGUGCGCGUCUCCUCGCCGGAACGCUGGGAGAUCAAUCAGCUGAUCAAGGCCGGCGUCCUGGACAAGGCUGACUACCCGGAGUUUGAUGAGGAGACCGGCAUUCUGCCCAAGCUUGAUCAGGCCGAAGACGUUGAGAUUGAAAUUGAGCUAAAAGAAGAAGAGCCACCCUUCCUUGUCGGUCAGACCAAGAUGACUAUGAGUAUGAGUCCCGUGAAGAUCGUCAAGAACCCCGAUGGCUCUUUACAGCGAUCGGCGCAGACACAGAGCGCCCUCUCCAAAGAGCGACGUGAGGUGCGGCAAGCGCAGCGCGAGGCCGAAGCCGGCCACUCCAUCCCGAAGGACGUCGGAAAGCUGUACAUUGAUCCUAUGCCGGAAGGCGGAGUUGCGCAAAUGGCUAACGACUUCAGAGGAGUAGCUAUUGGUCAGCAGGAACUCCCGGAAUGGAAGAAAGCUUCGUUUGGAGGUCAGAAGGCAUCGUAUGGUCGCAAGACUAAAAUGUCUAUCAUCGAGCAGCGAGAGUCGUUGCCCAUAUACAAGCUAAAAACUGCACUGGUUGAGGCCGUCAUGGAGCAUCAAACACUGGUUGUUAUUGGUGAGACGGGCAGUGGUAAAACAACGCAGAUGACACAGUACCUCGCCGAGGCGGGCUUCACGGUCAGAGGGAAGAUCGGCUGCACGCAGCCGCGUCGUGUGGCCGCAAUGUCCGUUGCCAAGCGUGUCUCUGAGGAGUUUGGCUGCCGUUUGGGCCAGGAGGUGGGUUACACGAUUCGUUUUGAAGACUGUACAUGCCCGGAGACCGUGAUUAAGUACAUGACAGACGGUAUGCUGCUUCGUGAGUGUCUGAUCGACUCCGACUUGAACGGCUACUCCAUCAUCAUGUUGGACGAGGCUCACGAGCGCACCAUCCACACUGACGUGCUUUUCGGUCUGCUCAAGAAAGCGAUCAGCAAGCGACCCGACCUGAAGCUGAUCGUGACCUCGGCCACGCUGGACGCUGUCAAGUUUUCGCAGUACUUCAACGAGGCGCCCAUCUUCACCAUUCCCGGCAGGACGUUCCCCGUCGACAUUCUCUACACCAAGGAGCCGGAGCCGGACUACCUGGACGCUGCCCUGAUCACCGUCAUGCAGAUCCAUCUCACCGAGCCGCCCGGCGACAUUCUCGUCUUCCUCACCGGUCAGGAGGAAAUCGACACUGGCUGCGAAAUCCUCUACGAGCGUACUAAAUCGCUGGGACCUGACGUCCCGGAGCUCAUCAUUUUGCCAGUAUACAGUUCUCUGCCCAGCGAAAUGCAGUCGAGAAUUUUCGACCCUGCACCGCCCGGCAGUCGAAAGGUAAUCGUGGCUACCAACAUUGCCGAGACAUCGUUGACGAUUGACGGUAUCUAUUACGUAGUCGACCCUGGCUUUGUCAAGCAGAAGGUUUACUCGUCCAAGAACGGUAUGGACGCACUGGUUGUCACACCUAUCUCUCAGGCUCAAGCCAAGCAGCGAUCAGGUCGUGCCGGCCGCACCGGUCCAGGCAAGUGCUAUCGCUUGUACACUGAGCGAGCGUAUCGCGAUGAAAUGCUGUCCACGGCAGUCCCAGAGAUCCAGCGUACUAACUUGGCCAGCACUUUGCUGUCGCUGAAGGCCAUGGGUAUCAACGAUAUCUUGGCUUUUGAGUUCAUGGACCCGCCACCAAUGGAGAGUUUGGUGACGGCCAUGGAACAGUUGCAUGCUCUCAGUGCGUUGGAUGAUGAAGGUCUUCUAACGCGUCUCGGUCGCCGCAUGGCCGAAUUCCCCCUGGAGCCCUAUCUCAGCAAGAUCCUCAUUCAGUCGGUGCAUUUGGGCUGCAGUGACGAAAUCAUGACAAUCGUCUCCAUGUUGUCUGUUCAGAAUGUCUUCUAUCGACCUAAGGACAAGCAGUCGAUAGCUGAUCAGCGCAAGGCAAAGUUCCACCAGGCGGAAGGAGACCAUCUGACCUUGCUGACCGUCUACAACGCCUGGAAGAACAACAAGUUCGCCGACGCCUGGUGCUUUGAGAACUUUGUGCAAGCGCGUACGCUGAAGCGCGCCCAGGACGUGCGCAAGCAGAUGCUGGGAAUCAUGGACCGUCACAAGCUGGACGUGGUCUCGUGUGGCAAGAACACGGUGCGUGUGCAGAAGGCUAUCUGCUCUGGGUUCUUCCGCAACACGGCGAAGAAGGACCCGCAGGAAGGCUAUCGGACUCUGGCCGACAACCAGACCGUCUUCCUGCAUCCCAGCAGCUGUCUCUACCAGCGGCAACCGGACUGGGUUAUCUACCACGAGUUAGUGCAGACAACAAAGGAGUACAUGCGUGAAGUUAUUGCAGUAGAUCCACGCUGGCUGGUCGAGUUUGCCCCGGCUUUCUUCCAGUUUGCCGACCCAACCAAGCUGAGCAAGCGCAAGCGGCAGGAGAGAAUCGAACCUCUGUACAGCAGGUACGAGGAGCCGAACUCGUGGAGAAUAUCUCGAGCGCUGCGCCGCAAGAAGUAACGUGGGUCCGGCGGCAGUUUGGUGUCAACAGUCAGUACUCGUUCCUCUGUACAUAUGUCCUGCUCCUUUCUUUCUUUUCUUUUUAACUUUUCAUGCUAGCCAUUCUUGACCUUUCUGGUCCGGUGUAAAUAUUGAUCAUUUAUUUCAAAACGUGCCUGACCUGUCCUAUUGGCUCAUGAAAUACGUAAUCAUGAAACACAUGCAAUCUCUUUUAUGCUUUAGUACUUCGAAGAAUGUCUUGUGUCAAGGAAUAUUUUUGUUUUGAAAAACACUGUUGAGUGACCUGAUGUCAUGAAAGGUGUCCCGCUUGGGGAAACUAA